UUAUUGCACUCAAAAGCCACGUUUGGAUUUCAUUAAAUUUGCCCUUUUCUUAGUAAUGUGAGUAGUCACUGAGAGCAACAGCUCUUCUACGUUUUCCACCUUUGCUAAUGCUACCUUCCAUCUCCGAUGGCCACCACCCACCGCCACCGCCACCUCCUCCCCUCUCCUUUCCCAGUUUCAUCAUAUUUAUCAUACUACCCUUCUUUUCUCCCCUUCCCCACCAAACCAAGGUCUCGCAAGAUCCUCUGCUGCUUAUCUAUAAAGCAUUCAAAUGACAGCCAAAGCGCCACCAGCAACGCCAACAACCACCAGCAAGACACCAGCAAUCUCCGGGUUGUGUUCGCGGCUGGUGGGACUGGUGGGCAUAUAAUCCCUGCUGUAGCCAUAGCUGAUGAGCUCAGAAUCGCAAAUCCCAACACCCAAUUCCUCUUUAUUGGAACCCCAAAUAGCGUGGAAAGUGCUUCAAUCCCUUCUGCUGGAUACCCCUUCUCUUCCAUCCCACCUGUAAGAUUGUAUCGCCCACUACUUUCCCUUCGAAAUCUUUCGCUUCCCUUCCAUUUGAUUCAAUCAACCAUACAUAGCUUCAAGCUUCUUCGAGAUUUCAAUCCUCAUGUUGUUGUUGGCACUGGGGGCUAUGUCUCUUUCCCUACUUGCCUUGCUGCUUUGUUUAGAGGACUCAAGGUUGUGAUCCAAGAACAGAAUUCUGUUCCGGGCAUUGCCAACUAUGUUCUUUCGUUUUUGGCUGAGGUUGUUUUUGUGGCUUAUAAUUCUACUGUUGAGUGUUUUCCCAGAAAGCAUAAGUGUUUGGUGAGUGGGAAUCCUGUAAGAUUAUCAUUGAGGCAAUUUGUCUCCAAGGCAGUGGCUAGGAAGGAAUUCUUCCCCAGGUCUGGUGGGAAGGAAGAGGCUAAGGUUAUUUUGGUGCUUGGAGGGUCUUUGGGGGCCAACACUGUUAAUAUUGCUUUGUUGAACCUUUACAGUCAAAUGUUGCUUGAACAUAAGAAUUGGUUUAUUAUAUGGCAAACGGGGGUUGAGUCUUAUAAUGAAAUGGAAAGCCUUGUUAGAAUCCAUCCCCAUUUAUUUUUGACACCGUUCCUGCAUUCAAUGGAUUUGGCAUAUGCUGCUGCUGACCUUGUUGUCUCUAGAGCAGGUGCAAUGACAUGCUCUGAGAUCUUAGCUACUGGGAAACCUGCUAUUCUGAUACCAUCACCAAAUCUAGAGGAAGGACAUCAACUAAGAAAUGCUUCGCUAAUGGCAGAUGUAGCAGGUACGAGGGUUAUAACUGAAGAUGAGCUAGAUUCAACUACCUUGGGAGCCACAAUUGAAGAGAUUAUAGCAGGAGACAAGGAUGUAAUGGCAGAUAUGUCAGAAAGGGCUCUAAAAGCUGCAAAGCCAGAUGCCUCUGCAGAAAUCGCAUUGCAUAUUCUCUCCCUGGUUGAGGCAUCUACUAAGAAGUAGCAAUAAGUUUACUUGGUGUAUGAAAUUAAAUUUGUUUCUGCUGGUUAGAUCACACUUGCUGUAAAUCUUUCUUAUGGUACAAGAAUCUUCUACCCUUAGCUGUGGCGUUUUUCAUAGGAAUCAGAUUUACAGCAGAAGCUAAGAAUGGAAGAUCCUCUUAGAAAUUUUUAAGGUUAGAAUCAUGGUAGAAUGUAAUUUCUAUAGAUUUAGGGUGGAUGGUUUUGAAGGAAGUGAUCUCACAUUCAAAACUUUAACAUUUGCUUGAAAGGAAGAGAGGGUUCAUGAUA